AUGACGCAACAUAACGCUCAAUCGACUUCUGAACAACACAUUUCCGAAAACGAUUUAAUUGCACAGCGUCAUGCCAAGUUAAAGCAAAUUCAAGAUCACGCCAAGGAAACCGCCCAUGGCCAAACACAUUUAAGCGUGAGCAUUAUGCGCAAGAUCUACAAGAACAAUUUGCAGAUCAAUCUAAAGAACAAAUUGAAGCAGGCGAGCAAGUUCACGUAUCUGUAG